AUGGCUGAUCGAUUCAAAUUCGAUUUAGUUUCGGAUCAAACAUCAUCUUCAUCAUCUAAAUCUCGACGAUCUUAUUCUCAACGAAAUGUUUCUUCACUACAACAAGAAUUAACAAAAAAUCGUAAAAUGAUCAAUGUUAAAACAUCGACUGCUGCAACUUUAAAUCGUACAUUGAGUUUUAAACCAUUACCAGUAACAAACGUAUCAUUAGCGAAUGUGGAAAAUACACCAGUGAAAAUAAUUCCAAUUAAAAAACUUUCGUUUGAUUUCGAUACUUCUAGUACGAUUUCAUCAUCACAAGUAACAAUACAAGACAAUGAAUUUGUAGAAGAAACUCCAAUAAAAGAAGAUGAUGAUGGAAAUGAUAUGUUGCCAUCAGAUAUAAUGGCACGUGAAAUUCAACGACUUUCUUUACGUCUUCGCUCAUCGACUUCUAUGUAUAAUGUUCCCGUUCUCGAAAAUCAACCGAGUAAACCAGUUACUCUUCAUCUUUCUCAAGUAGUCAAUCGUGUAUCUCGUUGUAAUUAUGUUUUAAGACGUUUUGUACGAGAAGCACAAAAAUAUUCACCUAAACUCGAUGAAAUACGAUCAGCAUCUCAACCAAUAUUAUCAAAAGCUUUUACAUCAUCACAAUCUUAUGAAAAGGGUCGACGUCGUUUAUUUGUUGAUUCUCCUAAACAACAAACAUCUAUUUCAAUAUCUGAAGAACAUCAACCACCAAUAACACCACGAAAAGCUAGUGGUGUUAUAAAACAAUUAUUUUCUUCACCAUCAUCAUCUUUUAAACGAACUCUACCAUCACCUAAUAAUAGUUCAACAAACACUGAUAAACGACAAAGACUUUUCUAA